GCCCGAAGUUCUCCCACAAAUCGACCAUUCGAACUUCAGACUCCUCCCCUCAGCUAGGGUUAGGGGUUUUUGCCUGAAUCCAUCUCCUUCCUUCCUUCCUUUCUUUCCAUCUAGUGUUUCUCUGUAAACAUUCUCCGUCUUCCUCUCGUCCAUGGAUCUUUCAUCGAAGAAGCGGAAGGCUGACGAGAACGGCAUCGCAGACGCCGUCUCCCCUUCAAAGCUCACGCCCGAGGACGCCCGCAAGAUCAUCGAGCCCUUCUCCACCGACCAGCUCCUCGACAUCCUCCAGGACGCUGUCUCCCGCCACACGGACGUCCUCGACGCUGUCCGAUCCAUCGCGGACCGCGACCUGUCCCAGCGCAAGCUCUUCAUCCGCGGCCUUGGUUGGGACACCACCACCGACGGCCUCCGUUCCCUCUUCUCUACCUACGGCGAGCUCGAAGAGGCCGUCGUUAUCCUCGACAAGGCCACCGGCAAGAGCAAGGGCUACGGCUUCGUCACCUUCAAGCACAUCGAUGGCGCCCUCCUCGCCCUCAAGGAGCCCAGCAAGAAGAUCGACGGCCGGAUGACCGUCACGCAGCUCGCUGCGUCUGGAUCGUCUGGCCCCACUGCGAACACUCCCACUGCCGACGUGUCCAUACGGAAGAUCUUUGUAGGAAAUGUGCCGCCCGACAUGCCGGCAGACCGUCUCCUUUCGCACUUCUCGUCCUAUGGAGAGAUUGAGGAGGGUCCACUGGGGUUCGAUAAGCAGACGGGCAAGUCUAGAGGGUUCGCGCUGUUUGUCUACAAGACGCCCGAAGCUGCACAGGCAUCGCUUGUUGACCCCACGAAGACCAUCGACGGGCAUCACUUGGUAUGUAAGCUGGCGAUUGAUGGAAAGAAGGGGAAGCCUGGUGGGGCCCUGCCAGGGCUCGGAGGGAUUCAGGCUCCACAAGUGGGUGCGGGUGAUAUCAUCGGUGAUGGGGUUGGAUUGCCGCAGCCUUCUUCCAUGCCAAGUUCUCUGCCUUCUCAGUAUGGUGGGCCUGGAGGGUUUUCUUUGUUUGGCGGUUUGGGUUUUCCAGGCGGGAGUCAGGGCCCUGGCUUGACUCAUCAGCAUCUGAGCUCGACACUGCAGUCAUCAACAGGUGGGCUGGGUGGGCCGGGGCUGUCGUCGGUUGGGAGUCAGGUUCCGUCUUUGUUGGGCAGUGGUGCCACAGGGUAUGGUGGUGGCUUGGCAGCUGGUCCCUAUGGGUCUUCACAGUAUGGUGGGUCCGCUGCAGGUGGGUACGGUGGGAUGGGCAGCAGUUCAUCCUUGUACCGGGUGCCCGCAAGUUCAACUGGGAUGCCAUCUGGUGGUUAUCCGGAAAGUGGACAUUAUGGGCUUUCAUCGUCGGCGGCGUUCCAGAGCCAGCACAAUCAGCAGUCAGGUUCAUCACCAGCUCCUAGGGUCCCUUCUGGAGGGAUGUACCAGGGCAUGCACCCGUACUACUAAGGGAGAUUGUUUCUUCAGAAGAAAGGAGGAAAAAAUAAAAAAGGAAAAAAGAAAAAGAUGACAUUGUUUCUUCAGAAGAAAGGAGUAAAAAAGAAAAAAAGAAAAAGAAAAGGAUGACAUUGUUUCUUUAGAAGAAAGGAGGAAAAAAGAAAAAAAGAAAAAGAUGACAGGUGAUUGGCAAAGCGCAACGUCUUGUACAUGUUAAAAUCAUGUGCCAUCAGUGACUCUCUUCUACACAGGUUUGCCUUAGGACGGCCCUAUGUAUCUUACCUUCUUGCUACACUUGAGACGGCUCCAAUGGAAUGAUUGAUAAGAGUGGUAGUGCUCGCAUGAUUGGUUUCUCUACUGUGAUGUCUUGCACUUGUGUAUCCUCCACUUAAAACUCCAUUUACUUUAUCAUUGUGGUGCUUCUCUCGCUGUGGUCAACUUUCUCCAUGUAUUACCCAAAACAGUACUUCUUGCAGUCAUACAAGUGAUUGGUUGGCAACCUGUGUCAGGCGGCAGGGGCAAGAAUGUCAAAUUGCCAUUUAAAUCAGGUUGAAACUUACCACUUUGAUAAUGAGAUUGAUUGACAAUGGGCAUGAGCCCAGUUGGAGCCGUAGCUCAUUAGAAGGUUCACCUUCCAGAUUGAUGUCUUGGGUUUGAAUCAAAGUACUCACCGAAGAAGGGAGGCUACAGACUACAGUUUGUUGGAAUACAAUAGUGGAGGGAAAAGUAUGAAAGCCACUUAUUAGAGCUUAUUGGAAUUGAAUGGAGGGGAAAAGAGAAUGUAAAAGAUCUCCUUGCUGUAUUGACGUCUUUAUGCAGCUUUGAAUUUUAUUUUAGUUUGAAGAGCGUUUGAUUCA